AUAUAUAAAUUCAUCUCGCGCUAGCGCAGUUUUGGUUGUGAUCAUGGUGGGAAAAGCGAUAAAAGGGAAAGUAUAUGUUUUGAGAGUGGAUUUGUAUACGUUUUGGGAGGUUCGACUGUGGUUGACAGACGAAAAUUCGACGUGAUUUCUCAUUAAAUUAUUAUUGGAUCAUAUAGCGUGGACAAUAAUACGUGAUGGCCCAAUUUAUGCAAAUAAUAGAAGAACUCGACGAUUGUUUUGCGAAAACAGCAGGCAAUAUUUUAAAAUACUAUGUUGAUGAAGAAGAAAAACUCAAAGUAUUGACUGAUUUAAGAAAUGCUUUGAAGGAGAACUGUAUUGAAACUGCAAGGAUAAAGGCUGCAAAUGACAUCAAGCAGCGAUUAGAAUAUGUAUCUGAGAUGGAGCCACAAAGAAGCACAAGAGAAAUUGUGAAAGAAUAUACAGAAGCCAUAUCAGAUAUUCAAAUUGAUUCUUCAGAAGAUAAGAGACUAAUACAGUAUGACCGUCAGAUUGAAGAUUUGCUUAAAGCAACUGAAACCACAAGUAAUGAGGAUGAUGCGGACACAGAUCUGCAACUGACAAACCGUGACAUAAAUGUAAUUGAUCCAAUUUCAAAAACAAGAAUGACUGAUCCUGUAAGAAAUACAGUCUGUGGUCAUGUAUAUGACAGAGCAAGCCUUAUCGCUAUGUUAGAAAAAAACAAAAACACUCGAUGCCCUGUGAUAGGCUGUACAAGCAAAGACUACAUUGUUCUAAGCCAAUGUCGCACAGAUAUCGCCAUGCAAAUAUAUUUAGAUAAAAAUCCUGCUUAGUUUUAAAAGUAAAAUCUGUGUUAAGUGCAUCGGAGUUACACAUUAUGCGUGUAUUUAAAGUUUUAUGUAUUUUAUACAUUGAUUAUAAAAUAUAACAGUUUUUCUAUGUAAAA